AGUUGGACAGAGUUUGCUCCGCUUUGCCACUUCACAGAAACCCCGGGUGUAUGGCGGCAGCGUCGGUGUCAGAGAUGUUGCAGAUGUUCGCUUCGCCAUCAUGAACACAGACUACACCAAGCCUUCUGUAGCUCCAAAGACGAGAUUUGUUUGUCACGCUAACCUGAAGCUGCCCUCCCCUCUCAUGUCUGCAGCCAGGCGGACAAAACCGUCUAUCUCUCCCAAACCAAAAGUCACACUAGAACUUAAUGGCAGCCAGGGACGAUGCACCAACAACACCCUACUGACUUCAGACGGAGAGUUUGAUGACGACCAAGAGACAGAGGAUGGUCUAAACAAAGGGAUUACAGCAGAGGAGCAAUGUAGCACCUCCAUCCUAAAAUCACAGAAUGUGUCACAGGGAUUGGAGGACGGAAAGGUGACAGAGGAGGAAAAGGAAAUGCAAGAAGAUAUGAUUCAGAAGAUGGAUGAGGACUGGAGAUUAUCUGACCGUACUUUGACAGUGGAGGGGGACUCCCUAGAAACACUAUGGGUCAGUGCUGAACUCACUAACUCGAAGGAAGCGGUGGAGAUGAUGGAUACGGACCUCACGGAGAAUAUGGACACUGAAGGUUUUGAUGCGGGUGAGGCGCUGGCUGACACAGAUGGCCUCUCAGUGGGAGAUAUUUCUUUUAAUAGCAUUGAUGAGGAGGCAGGUGGCCCCUCUGCUGAAAGACGAGACAUGAAGAAAAGACUGGAAAUGCACCAAAUCAAGGAGGAUGAAGCCAGUGACUGUACAGCAGAUGACUUAACAGAGUCUCUCAUAGAUGACGCUGAUGUCCUCAUCAAUGACAACAGGAAGGACUCUAAUUCAAAACAGGUUUUUCCAUCAGGAGGAGAGGAGAACGAGGAGGAAACUGUUUCAAAUUGUGGCAUCACUUGUAACAUCCUGAAGUUGAGAUGUGGCUGUAAAAUGAAGGAAAAGGGUGAACGCCUACAGAACAUUAGCUUUUAUGACUCUGUCGCUGAAGACCAGAAACAUUUCUGUGAUGCAACUAGGGGACAUAUUGUCAUAGAGAAUGAUCCAAUUCAUGAGCCUUAUUACGUCUCCUCGGAUGACAUUAUUAAAACAGACACGACGCCAAGAAAUAACAAAGCUGAUGGACUGUCAGAUAGUCCACAAACACCACAGACUCAUAUGUCUGUGAAUGGCAGUGUUGUGUCUGCUGGGAACAACAAGGAAACAGCAGAACAUGGACAAAUAGAGUUUGCGUCUUCUGAGGAUUACGUCAAGAUUGUUAACAGUGGUGGAUUCAUUCGCAACAACAGGGAUGAAAACAAGGUAAGAGGAUGUCACAAAUGGCCAUCUUUCAAAAGUGAGGAGCACAAGGUUCAUACAGCAGAGGCCCUGUUGAAUGAUUUUGACUGCCAGCCGAGAUUCAGGCUGGUAUCAAUAUCUGUGCCGUCAGACACUGACACCUCGCUGACAUCUUCUCUCUCAGAAAGCCAGCUGCUUUCCCCAAAUGACUCGGACAUCUUUAGAGAAGACGAUGACCUGGAGGGUUACAUAGUGCCACUGAUGGAUGACACCACUGAUACGGACCAGGACAUCGGUGAUGAGCCUGUUUAUGAGGAGCCCAGAAACUGUUCAAAGGGUGCAAACAGGAAAACCACGGGGAUGCAAUCUCGCUCACUGUCACACUGCAUUAAUAACAAUGUGGCUGAGAUGGGAGUGCAGUUUGUUCAGAGCCCCUACAUGAGUGGAUUUGGACAACCUGCUCUUAGCAGCAGCCCUAUGUUGAACUCAGUGCGAAACAAGAGCUACUCCAAACCGCACUAUCUGUCCUUGUAUCCCCGCUCUCUCUCCAUGGAGGCACAAGAUAAGCCUCUGUGUGUUUACAGAGAAGGGCACGAAUCUCACUGGCAGAGAGAGGCCUCUUGUUCAUCUGGAAGCUUUUCCAGGGGCUCACCUUUGUCCACUCCAACUUCUGUGGUUGAUAUUCCUCCCCCAUUUGAGCUGGCCUACAUAACCAAGAAGCCCAUCACAAAGAGUUCUCCCUCAUUGCUCAUUACAAGUGACUCACCUGAGAAAAACAGGAAAAAGAAGUCCUCCCUGAAGCACUUCCUGAUGCUUAAGUUUAGGCGUAAAACGGAGAACAAGUCCACAGUGGAUGUCAAUCCAUCCUCCUCCAAGUCCUCAUCAGAGUCCAGCCCCAAAACACAGAACAGACUGCUGGAUUUAGAUAGCCACAGCUUAAGUAGCUCCCCACAGCUCAUCUCACGCUCAGCUAGUAAACUUCAAGCUUCACCUGAGCCAGCCUCCUCGUUCUUGUUUUACAAAGAAAGCAAAAGAAAAGGGGGUUCUGUGGCAUUCCUCAAUCGAAGUGUUAUCCGAGUGGAGUCCUUUGAGGAUCGCACGCGGGUGCCUUUCAUACCUCUCCCCCUGACCAAACCUCGUUCCAUCUCCUUUCCUAACACGAAUACAUCAGACUAUGAGAACGUUCCCGCCAUCAGCUCAGACUAUGAAAAUGUCCAAGUGCCCCAGCGGAGGCCAAUUCCACAAGGACCGUUACCAAACUUCUUUGACCGACCCAGUCGAGUGCUGUCAUCUGCCAAUGACACAGACGGUUAUGUGGACAUGAGCAGCCUCCCUGGUUUCAAAGGCAGAAUUCAGUCUGCUGAAGAUGAAACAGAAAGUGCCUAUACAGAAGCGUACAACGUGUGUUCGCUGGCUGUGAGUCCACUGGCCGGUUCAGUGGGUGAAGUCAGGGGAGAGAUGACACGUGAGGAAGACCAGGCACGCACCUCUGAUGAGGAAGACGGAGUUGCACACAGCACUUAUAACAGACAGCCUGAUGGCCGGUCCAGAGCCUUUUACGUUGCAAAAGAACUGGUGGAUACAGAGAGAUUACACGUGAAAGCCCUAAAGCUUCUUCAGGAAGACUUUCGGGAGGCAGUGGGGGCAGCUGUCGGGGACGAGGGGGAACCCGUGUUGGAAGAGGAGCGACUGCGAGAGAUUCUGAACGAGCUGCCUGAUGUUUACACCCUGCACCGUAGAAUCCUCACAGAGCUGGAGAAUCGACUCAGACACUGGGAGGAGAGCCAGAAGAUUGCUGAUAUCUUCCUGACCAGAAAACCUGAAUUCUUGGUUUUUACCACCUACAUCGGCCAUUAUGACCGGAGUAUGAACCUGCUGGAGGAGAGCUGCCGGACUUCACCUGGCUUUGCAGCGAUUGUUCACCAGUUUGAGGUCAGACCUGCAGCCUCUCUUCUCUAA